AUGGUGAAGAUAGCACUUCAAAUAAAAGCAAAUCUUGACAAUGUCACAGAUUUUCAUAUAGAAUCUUUUGAUGAUUUUAUCUGGUAUUUAAAAUUAGAUUGUACAAAAUGUCAUACACAUUCUGAUACAUAUCAUGAUAUUAAUAUAAAACAAUCAUCAAGCAUAUCUGGAAGUCGUGGUGAAGCUAAUUUUUUAAUGAAAUGUAAAUUUUGUUCACAAGAAGCAAAUCUAAAUAUUGAACCAGUUAAACCACCAAUGAAUUAUACAACUGAUGAUUCGGAUAAUCAUACUUUUAAGACACUUGUUAUAUUUGAAUGUCGUGGUAUUGAACCAGUUGAUUGGCAACCAGGUGACGGAUGGACAUGUCAAGGUGUUGAAUCUAGUACGAAAUUUGGUCAAAUUGAUUUGUCCGAAAAUAAAGAAUGGAUGGAUUAUGAUGAAAAAGCUAAACAACCUGUAGCCAUUAAUGAACUUGAAUUUAAAUUUGUUAAAACAUUUAGUUCAAUAUUUAAUUCACGUAAUCAAUUUUACAUUAUAAAUCUCAUUUCAAUGUCAUCGAAUAAUUCAUCAGUAGCAUCAUCAUCAUCAUCAUCGUCAUCAAAUUCGAAUACAAAUAAUACAUAUGAAUCAUCAUUAGAUCAAUUACGUUCAUUAUUGCCUAAUUCAAAUGCGAAAGGAAUGUCGGAUUAUGAUGUUGUUCGAUCAGCAACUGAUUAUAUACAAACAUUAAUGAAAGAUACCGGUACAGAUAGUUCAAACGAUAAGAAAUAA